UGCAUGUCCAGUGUGACUUGGCAGGUGACCCGGAACUUUCCUUCAUAGAUGGUGGGCCAUUUUUCAGAGUUGAUAUUUCGCAAGUCUCACAUGCUACUGUUCACAAACCGAAAUCAAAAAAACGGUUAGACAAAAUGACAGAGCCUUCAGCGCCAGAUGAUGCUCAUAAAGAACCGAUGCAGGAGCUUGCCACAUCUGCUGGUACAAUGAGUAUACAGCCUAAAAAUGAGAUAGAAGAUCCUAUGGCUCCUUCAGUUUCAGACAAAGAUGGCCAGGCCCAGCAGGCAAAAAUGCAGAAAUCUAAAAGUGUGGAGACUCCACCUGCUACCCCAACUACACCAAAUAGUGAAACUGCAAGAGCACCCUUCAAGCGAGCUGGAUCCACAUCUAGUGCUGGCGGUGGCUGGGUUGCCACACCUGAUUGGGUACACUCUUGGAAGCAUAAGUUACCUUUACAGACAAUUAUGAGAAUGUUACAGGUGCUUGUUCCACAAGUUGAGAAAAUAUGUAUUGACAAGGGACUGACAGAUGAGAGUGAGAUAUUGAAAUUCCUGCAGCAUGGUACUCUAGUUGGCCUAUUACCAGUACCACACCCUAUAUUGAUCAGGAAAUACCAGGCAAAUAGUGGAACCACUAUGUGGUUCAGGACAUACUUAUGGGGAGUUAUAUACCUUAGAAAUGUGGAUCCUCCCAUUUGGUAUGACACAAAUGUGAAAUUGUUUGAGAUUCAAAGGGUAUAGUAGAUGCAAGAAGAUCACAAGGGAUGGGAUCUCCAGUAACACAAUCUCAUGGAAUCCAAUUACUAGUUGUAAUACACAAAACAAAGUGUUCUGUUAGUUCUAUGUAACUAUUACAUAGCAACCUGUGUAAAGGGAAAUUUUACAUAUUUGAAUUAAAUAAGAAGCCAUUUUUAUUUCAUUUGUUGGUGAUUAAUUUUAGGUCACUUGAGUAGGUUUACUUUCAUGUUAAGAAAAUAUUAAGAGUUAAUCAAGAUAUAGAUUUGGGUUUAAUGUAGUCUUUAGCACCUAGAGCCUGUUCAUUUGUUUCAGAAUUGACAUUUGAUGUUAACAAUUGUUGUUUUCAGUCCAUUUUGAUAACAUCAGAAUGUCAUGUUUAACACACUUUACCAUCACAUUAAAAUUUUCCUGUUGCAUUCUUCCUUAUUGGGUUAUUUUUUAUCUUUUACCUUUUUUUCUUUCUUUUUUUCUUUUUUUUGUGUUUUUUUUUGGGGGGGGGGGGGGGUUCUUUUUCAAUGAUAAUUGAAACAGGUAGUUAAGUUAGAAUAUGAAAGAAAUGUUUUGUUGUUAAAUUAUGCAUAAGAUCUGAUAAACUCAUAAUCUCACAAAGAUUUUACCUUCAGAUACUUUACAAGCAUGUCAUAAAAUUUACAAAAUGUGUGUCAUAAUGGUUUUUGUUAAUUGUUGUAUUUUAACUAUAUAGACUUAACACUGUCUGAAACUUUGUAUAUCAAUUAUGUAUACAAAAUAAUUUAAUUUCUUCAGAAUAAAAGAUAAAGUAAUCUGAACUUCUGAAAAUUUCACAUACAUAUGACAUCUUUACACAGGAUGUUUUACUUAUAUAAUUACAUGUUGUCUGUGGUUUUUCAUUUAACUGUAGGUUUCAGUUUUUCUUAAAUGGCUGAAAGUAUGUGUAACUUCUUGUCUUUCAUUUGUUUUUGUUUUCUGAAUCUUUUGUUAUUUUUCUUUAAGAGAGAUUGAUCCAUAUUGAUGUUUUUACUAGAUACAUUUGUAUAUUUUCCUUGUCUCUUUAAGGUUUAUUCUAUAUUGUAGUUUGUUUGGGUAAUUUACUAGUUAUGUUAAUUGUAAUAAAUCAUGUUUAGUUAAUAAUGAGAAUGAAUUUCUUAGGAUAAUAUGAGCACAAGAACUUAGCUUUUCAGAUUAUAAAUUUUAUCAUAGAGCAUUUGAUAUAAAUAUAUGAUCUUUUAUUGAUAAACUGUUGUGUUUGGUUAUACAAGCUUGUCUUUGGUAGUGGUUUAGUUAUAAAAAAAGGUUAAUGUUAGAUUCAGAAAUAAGGAAAAUGGCAAAUCAGGUCAUCACCGACUUGUUUCCACUCUGCCUAGUGCAUACUGGGAAAAACUUGUUUGUAAAUUAUAUUUUGUUUGUUUACAUGAAACAUGUCAAAUUUUU